AUGAAUAACGGGAAGCUACAACUUACAUCAGUUCUCUAGUCUACUGUAGUACGUAAGACAACACUCCCUAGAAGGAUUCCCUAGUGCGCUAUACGUAUACGUGUUGACAUUGUCGAAACAUGAUCUGGAAGAAGUCAUUAAGAAUACUGAUCUUUCCUCUUCUCCUUCUUGUCUGCUCAUCUUGCUACUGGCUGUACUGCAAAGGGACCCAUCGCGAACGUUCAUUCACCAGCCGACCGUCACAAAGGUCGAUGUCGUCGUCACGACCGAUACGAAAUGCAAACCGUGAAAGUCGUGAACACACCCCAAGUCAUCACGAUUAUGGAGACACAUGCAAAUGGAGCAAUUGGACGGGAAGGCCCCCAUUUUUCCUCACAGCUGUCGUAAAUCUGAGGAUCCGGAAAGAGAGCAAAUCAAAAACUACUACUCGGGAGCUGAAGCAGUGGCUGCAGUACAUGAAAUAUAUCGGUGUGGAACACGUAUAUCUUUAUGAUGCGUACUUGCUACCAGAAGAGUGCCAACUUUCCUAUUUGACUUACUUCAUUAGUGAGGGUUUCAUCACGUACACAGACUGGCACGAUCACAAUCCCUUUUCACUAUCUGGUACACAAGUGACGGCGUAUCAAAAUUCCAUUGACAGAUUUGGGAAGGAGACGGAGUGGCAAUUGGCUGUAGAUCUUGAUGAGUAUCCAUUUUCUCCAUCAGAUACCAAGCCUGGCUUUCUUCCUCGAUUUAUUCAUGAAUUUGCGCAGAUACAUCCAGAUGCCUCAGAAAUAACUAUGAAUAAUUAUUUGUUCUUGGGCAAGCCCUCCAAAGAAGAAUUUCUGUUUCAAAGAAUUUGGAGGCGUACACCACAGCCUGCCAAUAAUCUUGUUAAGCCUGUCUAUCGACCGUUGAAAGUGACUGCCCAGCUGCAUCACAACUACCUCAAAAGUGGACGCAGUGUCUUAGCUCCAGAUGAUCGACUUCGAAUGAAUCACUAUUGGGGCUCACGGUUACAGAAUUGGGGAGAGGACACUCCAGAUAUUAUUGCUAAGACUCAAGAAGACAGAAGUAUGGAGAAAGUGUUGAGAAUAUACGUAAGCUGUGAGCAGUGGCUAAGAAAGUAUUUGGAAUGAUUUUACAAUUCAUUUAAUUAAUAAAAGCGUAAGGAUGUUUAGAUGUAAAGCAAGAUUAUUACUAGAUAAUCAUAUAAACGAGGUGUAUGUGUAAUUACAUGAAAAAAGCAAUUUCAAUUUUGUGUCAUCAAGUGUAUAAUUUUCAUUGUUACAAACUACAUGUGUCUAUGUGUGUCUUUCCUUAUUAAAAUAAUAUUGAUUUCA